UGAAACCUCGCUCUCUGCUGCUGCCUUUGCUCUUGGCUGCAGCUGCACUGCUCUGCUUUGCUGGGCUCAGAAGGGAAGAAGCAGCCAGGAGGGCUGGAGGCAGAGCCUCUUUGCAGCCAGAGGAGCAAAGCAAACUGGAGUGGAUCACCUCUCUUUUACACUUGAUGGGACAAGGCUUUGCACGGCGAAAGAGAAUCAAGACACCCAAACUGGACGAAUACCAGACUGUGGCAGCUGAGACUGAUGAGGAAGAAGAAGAAGAAUCUAGAGAGGAUGUUAGGGAGAAGUACAACAAGAAGCUCAAAGCUAUCUGCGGAUUGGCUGACUUAAGAAAUGCUGUUGGCUUAUACAAUAUUGGGUUAAGCUGCUGCCUCAAUUCCUUGCUGCAAGUUUUCUUCAUGAACAGAUAUUUCACUAUGAUCCUUCGGAGGAUCAAAGUGCCUUUUGAAGCAGCAGAGCAAAAAGCGAGUGUCCCUUACCAGAUGCUCCUACUCCUGGAGGAGAUGCAGCGAGGGAAGCAGAAAUCCGUACAUCCCCUAGAUCUUGCCAAGUGCCUCUCAAAACACAAUGUGAGAUUGUUUGUCCUGUAUGAUGCUGCUCAGCUUCUCUUGAUCCUGUGGAACCUAAUUAAGGACCAAAUCACAAACACAGAUCUGGCUGAAAGUCUCAAUCUUCUGUACACCAUCCGGCUGAAAGAAUGCAUAAUGUGCCAAGAGUGUUCAUGCGAAACAAAGAAGGAGAGCAACAUGCUGAUGCUUCCCCUCCCCAUGUUUGAUUUUGAUUCUCGAGCAUUCAGGAAGUUGGAAGAUUCAUUGUGUUCUUUCUUUGCACCUGAACAACUAAUGAAAGAAAAUGCAUUUCACUGUGAAAAAUGUGACCGGAAAACACCAUGGUUGCGGAGUAUGAAAGUCACAUAUCUGCCACAAACACUCACCGUUCAUCUGAAGCGGUUCUGCUGCAAUGAAAACUAUCGGACGCAGAAGAUCAACAGCUUCUUAUCCUUCCCGCAAAGUCUGGAUUUCAGCCAGAUCUUGACCCCAGAACAGUAUUGUCUGGAUUCCCAAGAAAAGGAUGAUGGGCUGUAUGAUCUUUUUGCUGUUGUUGCACAUUCGGGAUCGGCUAAUUUUGGUCAUUACUGUGCCUAUGUUUGGAGUCUCACAGAACUCAAAUGGUAUUGUUUCAAUGAUUCCAGUGUCUGUCAGGUAUCCUGGGAUGAUAUCAAAUGCACCUACGGAAGAGCAUCUGUCCGUUGGGGUGAAACAGCCUACCUCCUGGUUUACAUGAAAAAGAGUUGCAAGCAGCUCUAAUCAGAUCCAUGAACUUUCUGAGCAACUGGAGAGAGGUCCUAGACAUGAUCAAAAUAAUGACAUUUCCUAUAAUAUCAGUGGAGGAGAGCUCAAGUGAUAAAUGAACAGAAGGCACCAAGAAGGAAGGCUUUUGAAAAAGAGGAUUAGAAGAAUUGUAUGAUCUACAGACAGGGUUUCUUUUAAAAAUAUGCAUUUUUCUGGAUCCUUCGAAAAGUGAGAGAAAGAAGAAUGGAGGACCUUAAAAGAAGAUCUUUACAGCCUUGGAAUAUUGUGUAGUCCUAUUUCCAGGAGAAAAUCAUUUUGAAAACAACCACAGCUAACUAGUAUAAGGAGGCUAAAUUAGUAUUUUCUGCACAACACAAGGAAGCAAUAUGUAGCAGUGUGAAUCUGGGGCAAAUGAAAUUCUAUACCUCAAAUUGCUUUCUCUAAGCCAAAACUCUAAUAUUAAGGGGAUAUAACUUUAUAGUGUUGUAACUCUCAUAACGUCCAUCUCUUCCCCUAAAGAGAUCUGGGAAUUGCAAUGUGAUGAUGCUCAGAAUUAUUAAGAAAUCCUACCAUUUUUAUUUCCAGGACUCCCUGUAAACCAGUUUGUUUGCAGCAUAAAAAUAUCCUUCCUGUCAUCAUUCCAUUCUACCUUGUCUGUCACUUUAAAGCAGGAGUAGAAACCAGGUAGCUGCCCAGAUGUUACUUGACUCCUUGCAUUUUUUUUAGUAUUGGCUGUGCUGGCUAGGACUGUUGACACUUGCAAAUCAUCUGGAGCGCUAAGUGAUUCCCAACACUACUAUAAAGCAGAACUUUCUCGUGAAGGUAGAGGGGAAGGCCAUAUCUUUCCCAAUGGAAGCAUUGCUCGCAGAAUCCCCCAAUCAAUAGACCUGUUCAGUCAAUUGUUAAAUAAUGAGUCAACAUAUAAGUAAAUAUCAUUGACUGAAUGGUCUACUCUGCUCAGGAUUAACCACAGGAUUUAGGUUUCUGUCUCCAAUUUGGACACACCAUGGAAAGGGUACAACUGCAGCCAUGCAUAUGAAUACCAACCCAAUAUGAUACAGUAUUUGCUCACAUGAUAUAAUAAUACCAAGAACCAUUAAGAUUUUAUAAUUUUGUUGCAGUCACUGUCAAUUUAGAUUAUUGUUUGAUGUAGACAAUUAGUGAAAUGGUGUGGGGUGUGUGCAUUGUGAAAAAAGAUGCUCAGUCCAAUCUUGCAGAGCGUUACAUACCUUUAAAAGCAAACUCAGUGGACUUAAAUGUGUGCAGUACAACAUAGAAAACCAUACAAUCAGUUAUACAAUGGACCUUUGUUAUACGCUGGGGUUUGGUUCCAAGAUUCCCCUUGUAUAACAAAAUCCGUGGAUGCUCAAGUCCCAUUAAAUAUAAUGACAUAGCAAAAUUGUGUCCCUUAUAAAAAAUGGAAAAU